ACUAAAAAAAAAGGAGCGAAAGAGUUGAACGACGACUGUGACGAUCGGGAGGAAAAGCGGCGGUGUAAAAAUGGCGGAAGAAAGGAAUGCGGCGGAAGGAAGCAACGCCAGAGCAAGCACGCGGAGAAGACGACGGACAUGGUUGAAGAGGAAAGAGAAAUGGUUGGUAGUGCUCGGCGUAGUUCUCCACGCCGUCUACAUGCUCAGCAUCUUCGACAUCUACUUCAAGUCCCCCAUUGUCCACGGCAUGGAUCCCGUCACCCCCCGCUUCUCCGCCCCCGCAAAACGCCUCGUUUUGCUCGUCGCUGAUGGGCUGAGAGCCGACAAAUUCUUCGAGUCGGAUUCCGACGGAAACUUCAGAGCGCCGUUUCUGAGAAGCGUGAUGAUAGAGAAAGGUCGGUGGGGAGUGUCGCACGCUCGUCCGCCGACGGAGUCGAGGCCUGGACAUGUUGCUAUCAUUGCUGGGUUCUAUGAGGAUCCCAGUGCUGUUACGAAAGGGUGGAAAGCUAACCCUGUUGAAUUCGAUUCGGUUUUUAAUCGAAGCCGGCAUACUUUCUCUUAUGGUAGUCCUGAUAUAGUCCCCAUUUUCUGUGCUGCAUUGCCUCACACCACCUGGAAUAGUUACCCUCAUGAAUUUGAAGACUUUGCUACUGAUGCUUCCUUUUUGGAUGAGUGGUCUUUCGAUCAAUUUCAGAGCCUUUUGAAUCGGUCCAAAGAAGACCAAAAGUUGAAGGAGUUACUCUUACAGGAUAAUCUUGUUGUGUUUUUGCACUUACUCGGCUGUGACUCAAAUGGUCAUGCGCAUAGGCCUUUUUCGUCCAUAUAUCUCAAUAAUGUUGUGGUUGUUGAUAGUAUAGCUGAAAGGGUUUAUAAUCUUCUAGAAGAUUAUUACAAGGACAAUCGUACUGCAUACGUGUUUACUGCUGAUCAUGGAAUGCAUGAUAAAGGCAGCCAUGGAGAUGGACAUCCUUCAAACACUGAUACUCCCCUAGUUGUUUGGGGAGCAGGUGUUAAACAUCCGAAGCCAGUCUCCAACCAUUCUGAUUGCAGUUUUCGUUUUGUUGAUGAUCAUAUGCAUGAUGCGCCAACACCCAAAGAAUGGGGCCUUCAUGGCAUUGAAAGGGUGGAUGUUAAUCAAGCUGAUAUUGCCCCUCUCAUGUCAACUCUUCUCGGUUUGCCUGGUCCUGUAAACUCAGUUGGAAGUUUACCUCUUGAUUACAUAGACAUGUCAAAGGAAGAUGAAGUUGAAGCUGUGGUUGCCAACACAAAGCAAAUUCUCAACCAGUUCCUUCGGAAGUCACAAACAAAGGAGGCAAAUUCAUUAUAUUUUAAGCCUUUCAAACCACUGGCCGAUUAUUCCUCCCUAUUGGAUCAGAUUGAGGAUCUAAUAUCUAAUGGAGACUAUGAAACUGCAAGGAAGCUUUCUGAAGAUCUCAGGGAUUUGGCUCUGAAGGGACUUCACUAUUUCCAAACUUACGAUUGGCUGAUGCUCAUGACAGUAAUUGUUCUUGGGUAUAUUGGUUGGAUGACCUAUAUUCUUCUCCAUGUGCUGCAAUCUUAUACUCCAUUGGCAGGGUAUAUGUUUAGAAAGGAGCAAACAGAUCACCAGACAGAUAAUACCAGAAAGGUACAACUUUGUGGAUGCCUUUUCCUGGGACUACUCAGUAUAGUACUGUUUAUGGAGCGUUCUCCUCCUCUUUACCACGCAUACACGUCAAUGACAGUAUUCCUGUGGACACAAAUAUUUAGUGAAUAUCGGUUCAUCAAAGCAUUAUGGAAAGAGUUAUAUGGAAGAAGAAUCAAUUACUUUGUGAAAAUUCUAGCCACUGGUGCUUUCUCAGUAUUCAUUCUUGAAUUCCUGGUUAAUAGCUUUACUGAGAGGAAGCUAUACACUUGGUGUUUCCUAGUGUCCGGAGUCGUCUUGUUUCUCUAUCUCUUAAAAUCGAUUCCCUGGAGAUCUGGCAUACCAAUCUUUGCCUGUGCUGCAUGUUGGUUCUUGUCUGUAUUUACAUUGAUGCCAGCAGAAAUUCCCGAUAAUAAUCGUCUAGUGAUUUGGAGUGGAGUUAUGAUUAUUAUGAUCGGAGUAGCUGCUAGAUUGCUAGAUCUGCGUACCGAAGGAAAGUAUUGGCUAAGUAUCUGUAAUCAUGACAAGAAGAAACCUAAAUUUCCCAUGCUCUUCCAGUUACAGGCUCUUUUGGUUGGAUUGUCAUCCGUGAUGGUGUCAAUAUCAACCUCUCACAGAACUGAGAACCAAGAACUACUUGCUUUGCACCAGAUCAUAAAUUGGUCCAUCGCUGGUUUCUCGAUGGUACUUCCAUUAUUUUCAGCAAAUGGCCUCUUGUCCCGUCUUACUUCCAUAUUUCUCGGUUUUGCGCCCACCUUUCUUCUAUUAUCUAUCGGAUAUGAAGCUGUUUUCUACGGUGCUCUGGCUCUUGUACUCAUCUCUUGGAUACUAGUUGAAAACACACUUAUUUACUCAAGUAAGGUGAGAAGGUUGUCAAGUUCCUUUAGUGGUAUGGAGGAAAAUGUCAUACUUGAUGGUAGAUACUUACAGCUGUCUGAUGUGAGAAUUCCGUUGAUCUUUAUGGUUUUAUUCAAUGUUGCUUUCUUUGGAACGGGAAACUUUGCAAGUAUAGCAAGUUUUGAGAUUUCAUCAGUGUAUCGGUUCAUUACUGUCUUCAGUCCGUUUCUCAUGGCCGCCUUACUUAUCUUCAAGUUAUUCAUUCCGUUCCUGCUAGUCAUAUGCGUAUUCAGUGCAAUAACAAAGCUAAACCGACUUCCACGUUUGGCAUGCUAUUUUCUCGUUAUACUAUUUUCGGAUGUAAUGACCAUGCAUUUUUUCUUCCUGGUCCGGAAUACAGGAAGUUGGAUGGAAAUUGGUAACAGUAUCAGCCAUUUCGGAAUCAUGAGUGCUCAAGUUGUCUUUGUGCUUUUGCUCUUUGCUCUCACAAACAUAUACACAAAGGAUAUCGACAUUGGUUCAGUGGACCGCUCCUCUCGGAAAGCAAUGUAAGUCGUGGUAAAUUGGGACUUUGGGCAUCAAAAUAAUUCACCAGUUUUCCGGAAAAGCGAGCAUUAACGUUGCCAAGGCGCACCCUUGCGGUUCGAAGAGAAGCUUCUCAUUCGACAAUAAUUUGCCCCUUUAUUCCUACAAUUGCUGAUUGCUAGUGGACGAGAGAACCAGCAACGGGAUUUUCCAAGUGUUCCCCAAAGUUCGGUCGUCCGCAGCGCAAUGGGAUGGCAUCUUACAAAGUUCGAUUGAAAAUUUGGCACUCUUCUCACAUGUCUUGAUUAUUUAGAUAUUCAUUGAUCAAUUUGUAUCUAAAAUUUUCAAGUAGAAACUCCUCUUUUGGCUGUCUGAAAUAUUUGAUUGAACAUGGAUUAAUGUUUUAAAAAACGAGCCUUGAGGUGCA